AUGUUUUUUCUACCAGUGAUGUUGUUUUUGUUUCUGGCUCCUCUCGGGAAGACUCUUAGAGGCAGUGCCUCUAGGUCUGAGAACAGGGCCAACUUGGCUUUUUUUGUCCAGGUUUCAAAUACAUCUGUCUUAAACUUUCCCCGUCUUCUCAGAGCCAUCUGGCAUGAGAGAAAUAUCUACGUUAUCCACUUCGACAUGAAGAUCGGGUCUGUGCAACGGAAGCAAAUCUUGCGAUUGCUCAAAGAAGACGAUGCGAGUCGAUUUGCAAAUGUCAUCGUCAUGGAUUCCGAAGCUAUCAGCUAUGCUGGCAUAAGUAUGCUGCUUAACACCAUCAAUGGGUUAUCCGCAUUGCUUCGCGCCUCGACAACGUGGGAUUAUUUCAUAAACAUCAGCGGCAGCGAUUAUCCGCUGGUAUCCGCGAAUACUCUGCGCCAACUGCUCGGCUCAGCGCCUGUCCUGUCAUCACAACUUAAUUUCCUGCAGACACAAGCUGCGGACAAAAACAUGGACUGGUUCUUCAAUCGCAGAAUGAGCCAGGUGCAGAUUGACACAGCUCUUUGGGAACGUGGCGAAGAUGCUUCUGCUACGAUAGCAGACGCAGAUUCUUUCGAGCAAGACUGGGCGCUGGUCGGAGUUAACGCGAGUCAUCCAGUAUCACGUAAUCGAGUGCCGUUCGUCAAAACUGAGGGAUGGGUCAUUUUACACCGCUCCUUUUGCGACUUUGCCGUCAACUCACCCGCGGCACGAAGGCUGUUGCUGUCUUUUGCAACCGCCAGGGCGGCUGACGAGCUUUUCUUCGGCACACUGCUGAUGAGCUCUGGAAACUUUCGGGACACCGUCGCAUGGGAUGGUCUGCGAUACAUUCUGUGGGGUAUGGACGGAAAGCGAUGGAGUCGCCCUGCCUACCUGGACCAAAUAGGAGAGCCGGAAAGGUUGCGGGAUCUGAUCACAACCAGCGGGGCGCUAUUCGCAAGAAAGUUUGCGGUGCCAGAAUCUAAGCUGGCGGACUACAUUGACGCUGAGGUGAGUGGCGUAGGACAGGAUCAUGAAGUGAAUCGAACGGCUGUGCACGAAUACGCUGAAAGAGCGCGGAGAAGGCUACAGUGUGUUGUGGAGAAGAGAGAUAACAUACUGCUACGUGGUUCCGCUGAUAGUAGUUCGAGGCGAUUCUCUUCGAAAUAG